AGCACGUGGUGAACAUUUUAGUAUGAAAGGAGCAAAAAUCUAGUAUUUUGUAGUAAUUUGAAUAUUUGAGACAGUAGUCAUUGAUUUGCUAGAUGUAUACAAGCCCCCCUUGAUUGUAAAAAGAAAACAUCAGUAGCCCAGGGACUUGGUAUUAUAAGUCAUAAAUCUCCGAGUUGAGUUGAAAGAUAUAGACAUCUAUCUGUCUAUAGUGAGAACAUGAUAAAGUAAUGUCAUGAAAAACAUCUCUAUGGCCUCGUGGUGCUCAUUUAUGUCGAAUGCAACUGGAAAACAUGGAAGCAUUCUCAUUUUCAACAGGGCAGAAACAGCACAAGAAAAAGAAACGCAAACAUAGGGGGAAGGAAAAGAACAUUGAGAAAGAACACCAAAAAGAAAAGCUUGAGAAGGGUAGUGUGGUAUCAAAACAUUGCCAUAAGACUGAUACAGGUACUGGUGAUGUGCAUAGAAGGAAACAGGAAAGUGAAAAACUCGCUCCCUCGGAACAUAAAACGCAUAUGAAAAAGAAACACAAACAUAAGGAAAAGGAAAAUGAGAUUGAGGAUGAUAAACAAAAAAGGAAGCUUGUCGAAAGUAGUGUGUUGUCAAGGAAAUCCCAUAGGACUGAUUCAAGUAGUGAUGAUGAGCAGAGAAAAAUAGACAGUAGACAAUUACUCUAUGCUUCUGCAAAGCACAAGAAAAAGAAACGCAGACAUAAGGAGAAACAUUUUGAGGUUGAUACUGCCUUUGAUAAAAUGCCUGAAGAAAUCAUUGAAGAAACCACUGGUUCAGGUAGUGGUGAUGAGCAUAACAGAAGAAAGGAAAGUGGAGAAGAACUGUCUUCUUCUACAAAACAUAAGAUUAAGAAACACAAGAAAAAUAGGAUGCAAUUUGAAGAAAAUUUCUGUUCAGAAUCAUCUGGUGCAGUCAGAUCAUAUUUAGGUGAGCCUGAAGGAGGGAAGAGAAAGAGUAUUUUUCGAGUUGAAGAUGAAAGUCCUCGAAAGAGGCACAAACAUAAACACAAUCACAAAAAAGACAGUGUUGUCAGAGUUGAAGACCAAUCCCACACUUCUCCUGAAAAUUCUGGUGUGGAUGACGAUUUGCAACAUAAGGAGCUUUCGAAAUCUGUAGCUAUCGAAUUAAGAGCUUUAUUAAAAUGUAUUAGAAACAAAAAGACUGUUAGAAAUUCUAAUGAUCCCACGCAGAAGGGGAAACGUGCAGCUGAAUUGCCGGAAGAGACGGACAAAUAUGCUUCCAGUAAACUGAACUCUCUGUUGGAGCUGUUUAAAUCUAAGAAAGCUUCAUUUGAUGAGUAUAGGAAAAGCUUGCAAAGAGCUGGUGGUGAAGGAGAAUCGCCAAACAUGUCUGGAGUUGCAGGGGCAUCAGGACCCAUCCAAAAUGAAGAUUCCCAUGGUGACCAAGAGGCAGCGGUGCAGAGACAUUGGCGGAAAGGCGUUCCUUUGCUUACCAUGGAGCAAGCAAUAGCCAAGUUGGGCCGCGAGAUGAAGAGUACCACUGAUCAGAGCUACUGGAACGAGAUUACGGCAUUGUUGGAUGAAAAGAUGAUACCUUAUAAAACUGGAAGUUGGUCAGCCAGGGAGGAUGAAAUUUUAAUUACCAAUUGGAUUGAUCUAACUGAAGAGAUAAACUUUGGAGCAGAAGAAAUCAUAUAUGCCAAACGAACAGACGCAAAUGCAUCGAUAAAAAAAGCUCUCAAGACAAGUAAAUUUUAUCUCCGAUUAACCAGUGGCCUCAAUCGAACAUCAUACAGUGUGUACAUAAGAGCCAGGAAACUAUUUGAUCCAAAACAUCAUGGACUGGACCUUACUGAAGAAGAAAAAUUGCAAUUGGACCAACUUACCGAAAAACAUGGGAAGAAGUGGGGAAAAAUCGGCGAGGAUAUGGGUUAUUCAGGACAGGCUCUUAUCAACUAUGUUUACACUAUGGAGCAGAGGCAAGUAAACUGUGAUCCAUUUUCGGAAGAGGAGGAUGAAGCUAUUUUAGAAUUAGUGCGUCAGGAGUUUGGAAAACAAAAUGUUAGCCAAGUAUAUCGGGUGCCAUGGGCUCGAAUACUGUCACAAGAAAGCAUCUUAACAAAAAAUAGCAGGACGAGCAGCCAGUGUCGUGAAAGAUGGUUGCGUCACUUAUGUUGGAGGCUUGCCAACCCUGGAAAGAUAAGGAGAAUGUUUAGUGCAGCUGACCAAGUAAAAUUGAUUAGAUUGAUAUAUGAGUCGGAUGCUAUGGAAGAGAACGAGAUAGACUUUGACUACCUCCUGGAGGAAUUUGAAAACCUUCCAUCACCAUACAGGCUGAAAGAAAUCUGGCACCAGCUUACAUGUUUGGUGCCUGAUUAUCAGUGGAAACAAUUCACCGAUAUCAUUGAAUAUCUCAAUGAUUUUCACAUACCGAAACUGGAGAACAAACAUAACUUAGUUCCAAUUAUACAUGAAGAUAACAGGGCAGAUGAGGAUCAGCCAGAUGGGUGAAUGAUGGAAAAAUGUGGCUAAGAGACUUUAUCGUGGACCCGAGAUUGGUGGCAUAGUUGAGCACUUACGAUGGGCUCAUAAUUAGGAAGGGGUUUUGUCCUGUGAUGUCCUUCAGAAAGACACAUGAUCUCCCAACAUUGCCUUUUCCUUCAAAUAAGCUACAACUGCCCUUUGUACACUGCUGUAUAUAGUCAUAACUAUGAGUCAUCAGUAACUGCUUCAAACGUUCUUUUUAAAAGUGAAUUCAUUUACACGUCCAU